UGCGCGUGCGAAAAAGAGACCUAAAGCUCUAAUACCAUGUUAGGAAUAAGCAACUUGUAUUCCCAUGAGGCCAUAGGCCGAUAUAUAUACAUGUACAGGUGUGGUACAUAUGCAGGAAACCCCUUAUACUACGGGAUAAAUACAAAGGGGUAUACAUGACUUAUAUUAUAACUCUAACAUUUCUAACUAACUUGCCGAUCAUUUUCCUUGUCAUACUUUUAGGAAGCUUGGCUACAUCAUUUUAUAUCAGGUCAACUUGAGCAACAGAACAAGAAUGAAAAUGACUGAAGUAGGGGAACCAAAGCGUUUCAGUAAGUAAUCAUUUCACAAAAUUGCAAGUAUGAGUUUAUCUGCAACCAGCUCAUUCCUUUGUUUCACUCCAUUUCUGUACUUGAAACAGUGCACCGAUCUGAUACAUGAACCCACAGUAUUGGUCUUGAUUCUGCCUGAUAAUGUGUGGGUGUAAUAACACUUGUCAAUGUGCCCCAUACAUGUAUUGAUUAUCAGGCGCCGCAAGACAUGGGCCGUGGGUGCCAAAUGAUCGAAGAGACCAGUCAGCAUCAUGACACUGCUGAAUCUGAUACACUGUGAGUACUGGCCUCCAAGUCGUCUCUCCCACCAGCACUUCAUCUCCUGUUGUUCAAAGCUUCCUCCCACUUGCAGCGGCGAUGUACGAGUAGCAUGAGACUCACACAAGCUCCUCAGUAUGGUCUCUCUCCCUCUCUAUGUCUCUGUGUCUCUCUCUUCGCAGUUCCGCUUUCAGUUUAAUAUUUCCUGCAUGUGACUGCCAUUUGGACCAUAGUUUGGUUUUGUCCCUAUAGGUCAGGGUCUUGGACUGGGCUGUGCACUGUGUAGAUCAGAAGAAGCUUACUUCCUCUUGCCUGCCCUUUGGGUUUCUCGGUUUGCAGCUGCCACUAUUUAACACCCUAGUAGCCACUCAUUUCUUUCUCCCAUGCACAACUUGUCUUCCCUCUCUUCCAACACCAUUUCUUCUUAGCUCCUCUCCGUCCCUGUCUGCCACCACUUCUGUCCCUCAAACUUGUCUCACUCCAACCAUAAACCCGCACUGUCUUGGGCUCUCUCUGCCAAGUAUCCAAUUCCUAAGUACAUCCGAUCACUCACAUUUGCAGUGAUGUCGAGCCGUAGGUCAAGGUCAAGGCAGUCCGGCUCGUCGAGGAUCACUGACGAGCAAAUCAGCGACCUUGUCUCCAAGUUGCAGGACCUCCUUCCCGAGGCGCGUCUCCGGGGCAAUGAUAGAGUGCCAUCUUCAAGGGUGCUGCAGGAGACGUGCACCUACAUCAGGAGCUUGCACCGGGAGGUGGACGACCUGAGCGAGAGGCUGUCGGAGCUGCUGGCGACCUCGGACAUGAGCAGCGCGCAGGCGGCAAUCAUCCGCAGCUUGCUGAUGUAGAGCCGGCUCCCAUGCAGUGCGCAGGCGCCUCGUCGCUGUCUUGCUGAGCGCACAAGCCUGAAUUUGAGCGUUUGUAGCCUAGGGAGCGAUCUUUAAUUAGUACCGGAGUUGCAGGUUACCUACUUAAUCCGCGUGUGUGCGCUGUCGUCGUGUCAUCAUCGUCUUAAUCAGGCCCAUCUUUUUUGUGUGUGUACUUAAAUCAAGUCGUUAAAUCAAACCCCGCCCGUGGUUC